AUGGCUGACUCGCCGAAAUCAAGGCGCGUUAUCUUGGAAUUGAAACAAAAACUGGAAAUCAUUAAAUAUCACGAAAAAAAUCCAAAGCGUUCGCAGCAAGAAAUUUCAAAUUAUUUUACGGAACUAUGGAAAAUUGAUGUGAAAAGACGGACUGUAGGUGAUAUUCUUCAAACAUCGGGAAAAAGAGCUAGGGAAGCUGACGAUGUUUCGUCUACCCCAAGAAAACGGCAUCGUUCGGCCCAUCACGAAAACAUGGAGGAUGCUCUGUACAUGUGGUUUUCGAAUGCAAGGGCUAAAAAUAUUCCAGUGACUGACGACAUCUUAAAAUUAAAAGCAAAAAAAUUUGGUGAUGAUCUUGGUGUUCACGAUUUCAAAUAUUCAAAUGGGUGGCUUAAUAGGUUUAAAACAGACAUGGAAUUAUCUGGUGAAAGUGCAGGAAUUCAUCCAGAUCUCAUUUUUGACGGACGAGUGAAAGCUAGAGAAGCAAUGUCCAACUAUGAUUUAAAAAACAUCUUUAACAUUGACGAAACUGGCCUUUUUUAUAGAAUCUUACCAGACAGGUCCUUGACAACAGCGGAUGCUACUAAGGGUGUUAAAAAAUACAAGGACAGAAUUACUAUAGCACUUCACACUGUCGAUGAUUAUGACCUUACGGUGUCUUUGUCACAAGUUCAAGACUCGCUAGAUUUGCAUCCAGACAUGAGGUUGACCGUCCGAGAAUUUUUGAAUUUGGACAAAAAUGCCGAGUUCUCUCAAUCACUUACUGAUGAUGAAAUAUCGUCAACCGUGGAGAACUCAAACGAUAAUACAGACCAGGUAGAGGACGAUAGUGAAGAAGAAUCUCCGCGUGUUCCUACAUACGCAGAGGCCAGACAGGGACUUGAAUGUUUGUUACGGCAUUUAGAAUCAAAAGAAUCAACAACUGAAUCUGAAAUAAACUUUUUACUGCGAUUAGCUAUUAAAAUAAAACCAUCAAAACAAUCAACAAUUGAUAUGUUUUUCAAAAAACAGUGA